AUGCCAUCCGUCAAAGAAGGCCGGGUGACAAAAUUAAAAGCCAAAAUACCGCGAACCACAAUGCGACGCGUCUCCAACAAAAUCCCACUAGUCGAACAGACCAACGCAUUAUCUAUUGGCGACUUCAUCGCUCAAUACGUGACUCCACCCACGCAAUCAGGAGAAUCAGCAAAAAUUGAUGCGAUUGAUCAACCACUUCCAUCCCAAAAUCAGCAACAACAUGAUAUGACCCCCACACCACGCGUGGACGUCUACUCAGCGGCAACAAUCUCCGCGGCUGAUCUGGAAGCAUGUCUGGAGCUAAUCGAGCAAACCUCAAGUGAAGCCUACAUGGCGUCGCCCGCAGGCUGGUCGCGCACCAAGAAGCGAAAGGAGAUGAAGUUGCCCGACAUGAAGUAUUUGAUUCUGCGGGACACACCGGAUUCUAGUGAUUCUAAUGGGCAAGUUCCGGGAGAGAAGCAGAUUGAUAUCGCCGACAAAAAUGCUCCGUCUCCACCUUCGAAGGAAAGUGACGAGUCCAUUUCAUCGUCUGGUGCUGCUUCUCUGAAUGUGCUGGGUUUCCUCUCAUUUAUGGUUACCUAUGAGGAUGGAAAGGAGGUUGUUUACUGCUACGAGAUUCACUUGUCACCGAAGGCCCGGGGACGGGGUGUUGGGAAUUUACUUAUGAGUCAGAUGGAGGGAAUCGGUCGUGCUGUCGGCUUGGAGAAGUCCAUGUUGACGGUUUUCAAGUCGAAUGAGAUUGCUCGGCGGUUCUAUGAUCGGCUUGGGUAUGAGGUUGAUGAGUAUUCGCCCCAACCGCGCAUGUUGCGCAAUGGGACUGUUAAGGACGUGGACUACUUGAUCUUGUCGAAGAUGUUGAAAUGA